UAAAAAUGUGAAUUUUUAAAAAAACUUCUUCUAAUUACGAAUUAUUUUCAACUGUCUUUAAUGUUUUGAAAAUUUCGUUAAACUUUUUUUUUUAUUUUGUUCACUUUAUCUAUUUUUUCAUAACUUGGUCUUCUUGAAACGCAUAAAAAAUUUCGCAUAAGGCUGUUUUAAAAAUAUACAUACUCGUACAUGUCUAUGUAUGUAUAUCACAAAAAAAUGAUAUGGGAGAGCACCCAGCUAGUGCUCAAGUGCCGAUAGGGGCUUGUGGUACAAUUUUUUUCUAUGUAAUAUCUAAUAAAUAACGAUAAGCUUGAUCGUAUGCGUGCAUAUAUAUAUAUAUGUAUACUAAAAUAUGUAUAUAAAUAUUAUCAAUAUAAAGAAAAGUAAACAACGCGACAUAAACACAUGCGAUAUGACGAUAAAUUCAAACCAUUCUAGUAGUGUGAAGACGCGGUGGCAGUAAGAACCGGCCUUCAUACACAUUAUCUUCGUUUUAUAUACAUAUUAUAUAUGUGUGAAAUAUACAAAUACAAAUUAACAAUUUUUUUUAAUUUUUUUUUCGCAAUAAUAACUUACCUUUAGUUCCUUGAAAUCUACAGUCAGCGCAACAGUCAUGAAAUGCGCUUGUACGGCCAAUUGACCAUUUGGUCGACGGAAAAUCGGUGCGAAUUGUGACGCCGCGGUGCUGUUACGUACGGUCAGUGCAGCAAAUCGUCAAAUUGACCUUGCAUGCGAAUGCAAGACGGUUAUUAAAGUUUCUUAUAUGUAUGUAUGGAUUGCACUUGCAUGUGGACUGACAAGUGCAAUUGAAGAAGAAGUGAAAGAAAAAUAAAAUUGCAAUUAAAACCAUUUGCAUGCAGAAUUGAGUUUUGAAGGUGAAAUAACAGUCGGCGCUGACAAUGAAAGUGAAAGAGAGAGAGAAUUGUAUUUUUUUUGUGGCAAGUAAAUGGAAGUGCUUGUAAUUUAAAUAUUGUAUAUAAACUGGGAAAAAGUGUAAAGUUAAAAAAGAAAGUUCUAAAAAUUGUUUUCUUUCAUUUUGUUGACAAAGCAUUAUUUGGAGUAAACAAUGGAAUGAUAUUAAUAGCGGCCUUUAAUUGUCUGUAUAAAAGUUCUUAUCUAAAUUUUAUAUCGGCAUGAAUACAUGUUAUCGCGAUAAAUACAUACAAUACAAUGCAUUAACCAAUACACAAUAUACUUGUAUAAACAAAAUGGAGGACUACUACAUCAACACAAUUUACGCUGGCUGGCGUGAUCUCAUGGACAACAAAUCAGAUCCGCGUACACGUGAUUGGCCCUUGAUGAGUUCGCCCUUCCCCACUAUAGCAAUCAGUUUAUCGUACGCAUACUUUGUGAAGGUACUUGGUCCCAAAUUGAUGGAAAACAGAAAACCUUUUGAGUUGCGCAAAGUCUUAAUCGUCUAUAAUUUUGCGCAAGUAUUAUUUAGCGCUUGGCUGUUCUAUGAGUCCUGCAUCGGCGGUUGGCUGAAUGGUUAUAAUAUUCGCUGUGAGCCUGUGGAUUAUUCGGAUUCGCCGAGUGCGUUACGGGUGGCACGAGGCUGUUGGUGGUACUACAUCUCCAAAUUCACCGAAUUCUUCGACACAUUCUUCUUUGUGAUGCGCAAACGUUACGAUCAAGUGUCCACACUGCAUGUCAUCCAUCACGGUAUUAUGCCUUGCUCGGUUUGGUGGGGUGUUAAGUUUACACCGGGCGGUCAUUCGUCGUUCUUCGGUUUCCUAAACACCUUCGUGCAUAUUAUUAUGUACACAUACUAUAUGUUGGCUGCCAUGGGUCCCAAAGUACAAAAGUAUUUGUGGUGGAAGAAAUAUUUGACUGUCUUGCAGAUGAUUCAAUUCGUUUUGGUUAUGGUUCACUCAUUCCAGUUGUUCUUCAGAAACGACUGUAAUUAUCCAAUUGGUUUUGCCUACUUUAUUGGCGCACAUGCGGCUAUGUUCUAUUUCCUCUUUUCGGACUUCUACAAACAGGCAUAUCUCAAGCGGGAGCAGAAGAAGGAAAAAAUUGCCGCCAAUGGCAAGCUGAGUAACGGCUACGCAAAUGGCGCCAUAAAGUCAAAUGGCGAAUUGCCGAAAGAGAUCAAUGGCAAUCUGAAAGUGGAGGAUAAUAAAUUCGACGAUUACUAUAAGUCCACAUUGGCGUCGCAAGUGCACAGUGCAACAGCAGGGGCAACAACAACGAGACAGCGGGUUUUCGCCACAGCGAAUAAUUAAUUUAUAUUAAACAAUAAUUUAAAAGAAAAGAAAACAAACAAAAAAAAAAUAAAUAAAUAAAAUAACAUUGUAAACAUAAAAAUAAUAGAAAUUUAUAUUUAAGUUAUUCGUUUUUAAGGAUUUUGUAGUUAUUUGUAUGAAUGUACGUUAAUAAAGAAAAGUUACAGAAAUCAAAUCAAAACAAAACAAAAA